UCAAUCACUAACUUAACAAAAAAAAGCACAUGCCUUACUGUUUUCAAAUAUGUAUUGCUUUUUAUGUUUUAUUGUUGUAAUUUGCUAUUUUGUAUAAUGACUUAACCUUAUUUGUUUUCAUUCUCUUUGAGAGCCAUAUAUGGCAUAUCCCAAUGACAUAAUGAUACAUGGUAAAUAUUGUGAUGUUUUGUCUAGGAAGAUUCCAUUUAUUUUAUAUAUUGCACUUUUAUUUAUAUGCCCACUGAACAAAUUUUCAUAAUAUAAUAUAAUUAAUGUAAAAAAAUUAACAUGAAUUCAAAAACAAAAUACUGAACACAACACUGAGAUAAAUGGUGUCUCUCUCUCUCUCUCUCUCUGUGUCUGUCUGUCUAUCAUAGAUAUCGUUCACUCUCUUCUCCCAAAGAAAUCUCACUACUGCAUGUUGUUCAACAAUGGUGCAUUCACACAGUGGAUCAUCCAUGUUCAUUUAACGUUGGCUUCAUAUAAUGACAUUUGCUGGAAUUGCUGAAGAGGACAGUUGUUCAUGGAGAGAGUAACUCUGUCUUAAUUAUUGGACCCAGGGGCUUUGGGAAGACAAUGCUGUUAAAUUCUGUCUUGACUGAACUUCUAGGAAUGAAGCACAUCAAAGGGAAUGUGUUAAUAGUUCAAUUAAAUGGUUUGUUGCAGACUGAUGAUAGGAUUGCUCUUAAAGAAAUAACCAGACAAUUAAAUCUAGAGAAUGUUAUUGGAGAGAGAGUUUUUGGUAGUUUUGCAGAAAACCUUGCAUUCCUUCUUGAAGCAUUGAAAAAAGGUGAUCGCAAUAGUAGCCGCUCAGUGCUUUUUAUAUUAGAUGAAUUUGACCUUUUUGCACAUCACAAGAAUCAGACCCUUCUUUAUAAUCUGUUUGACAUUUCCCAGUCUGCUCAGACUCCAAUUGCAGUAGUUGGGCUCACAUGUCGUCUAGAUGUACUGGAGUUGCUGGAAAAGCGAGUAAAGUCCAGAUUUUCACACAGACAAAUUCAUUUACUAACCUCAUGUGACUUUAAGCAGUAUGUAAUAAUGUUUCAGCAACAGUUAUUGUUACCUGAAGAUUUUCCAGAUAAGAGAUUUGCUGAAGAAUGGAAUCAAAAUAUAAGGUCUUUAAGCAGAGAUGCAUCUGUAGAAGAAAUUCUGAAAAAGCAUUUUUUCUUAAGUAAAGACUUUCGUUCACUUCAUCUGUUGUUGAUGCGUGUCCUUUGCCGAGUGACUGUAUCCAAUAAAACAAUUAAGCUAGCAGACUUGCUAGAAGCUAGCCACCUCUGCACAAUGGAUUCCAAAGCAAAUAUUCUACACGGUCUUUCUGUGUUGGAACUUUGUCUGAUUAUUGCCAUGAAACAUUUAAAUGAUGUUUAUGAUGGAGAACCUUUCAAUUUUCAGAUGGUCUAUAAUGAAUUUCAGAAGUUUGUCCAGAGAAAAGCACAUUCAGUGUAUAACUUUGAAAAACCUGUGGUUAUAAAGGCUUUUGAGCAUCUGCACCAGCUGGAACUGGUGAAGUCAAUGGAUGGACCUUCAGUAAGAAUACAAAAAGAAUAUCAACUUGUUAAACUGCUGCUAGACAACAGUCAGAUUAUGGAAGCCUUGCAGAGAUAUCCUCAGUGUCCCACCGAUGUCAAGCAGUGGGCUGCGUCUGCCUUUGCAUAGCACUAUGUGUAUGUAUGAAGAACACACCGCAGUGAUGCAUGUGUACAAGUUUAAUGAUAAUGUCAUUGCAUUAAAAAUAUUCAAAUAUAUGUAGUUUGACUAAAAUGUCUUACAUUUUGCAGCUACAAAAAAAGAAAUGAUAAAGCUCAGUUUCUAGGCCCACUUUGCAUCAGUAUUUUCUAUGAAUUGUUUGUCUGAUUACACGAUUGUAAUUGGGUGUUUUGCAAAUGACAUUUUAUCAAGAACCACUUUUGUAGAUGUUUUAUUUUAUUUACAAUAAAAAAAAAAAAAACUUUG